AUGAGACCCGCACAACUUCCACUUGCAUUCUUGGCAGACACAUUACCAUUCAAUUUAUAUCCAAUAGUUCACAUAGUUCCAAAUGAAGCAAAGAAAAAUCUUAUCUUUGUAUUUGCCAAUAAGAAAUCCAUUAUUUAUGAUUUAGAUACUGCAACGGUAGUUAAAGCACUUCCUGAUUUAGUCGGUGAAUCACCACGUGUCUACCCAUUGACCGGUACCUCCGUGUUUCUACCAUUGAAACUGGCUUCAACAUACAAAACUGAAAUUAUGAUCUGUGGUGGUGGAACUGCUCAAGUGCCAAAUGCACCUGCUGAUUCAACAUGUGGUAGAAUGGAUAUUUUGGCUCAGAAUCCUGUUUGGGAAAUGGAUAAUUUCGGUGGUAUAGGUCGUGUUUUGCCCGAUGCUGUUAUAUUACCUGAUGCAAAAGUUUUGUUCUUAAAUGGUGGUGGUGUAGGUUUCGCUGGUUUCAGAAAAGGUGCAGCAGACAAUGUAAUAUGGGCUUCUGAUAAACCCGUAUUAACUCCAGUCUUAACUUGCAAUGAGGAUCCAAAUGUGAAUUAUCAGUACAUGUGUAUGGUGUUGGAAGAUAGCAGUGUUCAUACUGCUGAAAUUUAG